AUGCCAGGUCUGAACAAAUGUUUGUACGACCCUAUGCCGGAAAUUCGCACCGUCGCUUCAAAAGCCAUCGGAACGAUGGUGCGCAUUGCUGGAGAAAGCUGCUUCAGGGAAUAUAUCGAGUCGCUUAAGCAAAUGCUCACGUCGGAAAACAGCUCUGUUGAUCGAUCGGGCGCGGCACAAGGCCUUUCUGAAGUAAUCGCAGCACUUGGAAAAAGCAGUCUUGAAACUACUCUACCAAAGGUUGUAAAUGCAGUUGAAUCAGACUCAUCGGAACCGUUUGUUCGUGAUGGAUACCUGAUGAUGUUUAUCUACUUGCCGAUGGUGUUCGGUGAUGACCUCAUUCCGUACUUGAGCACCAUCGUUCCGGCAAUCAUAAAGGGUUUGACAGAUGAAACAGAAUACGUCCGCGAUACUGCUCUCAAAGCAGGCCAGAAGAUCGUGGUCAUGUACUGCGAGGUAGCUAUGCCGUUAUUACUGCCGUCAUUGGAACGUGGAAUGUUCGACGGCAACUGGCGAAUCCGUUUCUCAUCAGUGCAGCUGUUGAGCGAACUGCUGUACAAAAUCACUGGACUCACAGGGAAAAUGAGCACGGUCGGUGGUGAAGAUGAUACGUUUGGGACCGAGAACUGCAAUCAGGUCAUUUUAAAUGCAAUGGGAAUUGAACACCGUAAUUAUGUUCUCUCUGGCCUUUACGUGAAUCGAAGUGAUAGCGAAUACGUCGUCCGCCAAAGUGCAAAUCACAUCUGGAAGACUGUCAUAGUCAAUACGCCGAAAACACUCAGGGAAAUUCUUCCUGUUCUUUUUUCCUUGUUGCUGCGCUGUUUUGUCAGCAGUGACGUUGACCGGCAGCAGAUCGCCGCUCGGUGUCUUGGUGAAAUUGUCUCUAAGUUGGGCGACCGAAUUCUCUUUGAUGUCAUUCCAGCCUUGGAAGAAGGCAUUACGUCUAAAGUGGCGGAAGAGCGCCGUGGGGUUUGUAUUGCGCUUUCAGAAAUAUUGCGAAACACCAACAAACAAAUCGUAUUACUUAUUUCACUUUCUUGCUUCAUUCUUAUACCAGUUGAUCUCAGUCACCCAGAGGUGCGUCUUGCAGGGAGCUCCACACUCUGCUCACUUUACUCAGCAGUUGGUUCUCAGGCACUCGAAGAUGGACUCGAACCACAGUCUAGAGCAACUGGUCUCUUCGAAGGGCAGGGCGGCUUUGCCGUUCAUCGUGUCCAAGGUAGGAGACUGUUUCUGUUUCAAUCACAAAGUCAUUUCAUUCAGCUGGCUGCAUUUCCGGCGAAUACGACAGCGUUAGCGCGGAUAGCUGCAAAAUCAGGCGACGCAUUGAGCAAGCAGCUGUACAAAAUUAUGUCCGUUCUGUAUCAGCGUCUAGCCGACGUGAUCGGAGAUCCAGAUGCAGUGCAACAGGUGUCGGUCUUUUAUUAUGAUUAUUCCGCUACCAGAAACACACCUAAGGCUUUUCUGGGUCGUUUAACUUUUAAUAUAUCAAUUAUGGCUGAACGUAUAUUAGAUGUUUCCAUUUUUCUGAAUUUUAUUGCGUGCUGUAAUCCUUUGUUUCAGGGAUUGUCUUUACGGGAGCAGCUCGAUCAGAUUUCAUUGCUGAAACACGCAUUGAAUUCUGUCUUUUCUGGGUAUCCGCCCUCUCGGCGUUUGCCUGGCUUCCAAAACAGCAAAACUGUUCAACCCAUAUUGACGAUUUUGCGCGAGGGUGUGGUGAAUGGAAAUGCAACAAUCAGGGAAUCAUCAGCGGACCUUCUUUGUCUUGUCUUUAGCCACUGUGAUACAGCUGCUUUGCAGCCAUAUGUCGUUAGUGUCACAGGUCCACUGAUCAGGGUUUUGGGCGAUCGAUACGCUCCAAGCGUCAGGGCAGCCAUCUUGAAGGCUUUGAUCAGUCUUCUGAAGCAGGUCGAUGUUCUUCUUAAACCGUUCGCUCCUCAACUGCGGAGCGUCUUCUUGAAAAGCCUUGCCGAAAAAUCUUCAUCAGAUGUUCAUUUGCGUGCAGCUGAAGCCAUUGGUUGUUUGAUCCGUAUUCAUAUGAAGCCAGAUCUGGUUAUUGCAGACACAUUCUCAUCCAGACUACGGUCACCUCAUACCUCGACGACUCAAACGCUAGCGUUAGAAUCGCCGCGGCAGCGGCACUUGGGGUUUUCCUUGCCCGGAUUGUCGCUUCUCAAGAAGGAGCUGCUUUGCUCACUAGUUUGCUCACAGGUAAAACUGCAGUUAUAUGCUUCUGCGUUCGCUGCUGACUUUCAGCGGCUUUGUUCAGGUUUGGAUACCUCGAGUGAUUGGGUUGCGAAACACAAUUGUGCCGUUACCAUUCAGGUUGCUUUGAUGGAAAACGCCAUGAACGUAACGAAGUAUAUUGAACCGGUUAACUGUUUGCUGAAAUUCCUCACGGCUGAUCGAGUAUGCCACAUUUUUAUUCCAAUAGUCGAUGCGGGCUUGCGUGCAUCUGCCUAUCUCAUGAACUAUGAGCUGUCGAAUGAGACUGCGCCUGAUCCAAAGCUGUCCAACGCUGUGGCGCGUAGCAUCAAUCAUUCUUCGCUGGACAUCAAGCUGCUGACCACAGAGAUUGUUUCAUACCUGUCGCCGCUUGUUACUGCCGAUCCGUUUGUGCUUAAGGCAUUUGUGUUUUCCAUGUUAAACGGCACGAAAGAGAGCAACUCAUCGGUGCGGGUUUCAAGCGAGGAAGCUUUGGUUUCGCUGCUGCGGUUAAGAGACGGUGGGGAACAUUGUGAGGUAAAAUAUAUAACUGUUUAA